UACAUAAACAUAUAAGAAAUAAACCUGUAAUAAAUGUAAAUCUAUAAAUAUUUACUUUUAAAGUGACAUUAUCAUGUAAAUACAAAACAUACCAAUAAAAGUCAUGUUGAUUCUUAUUAUACUGACCCAGUUCAGGGUCAAAGGUCAGCGAAAUGCCAUCAUAAACAAACAGGCAGAACCAACAUUGUAUGAAAAUGUUUGGGGUCAAAGGUCACCGGAUGCCUCUGUAAAAUAAUUUCUGCUGUUUAUGAAUAAAAAGAUUCAAGAGGGAGAAAAUUAAAGAUUGAUUUGAGUUUUUAUCUCAUUUAAAGAAACAAAUAUUAAUGAAGAAUCAAUCAUAAUAUUUAAUAAUUUCCAUUUUGUUACCAGAAACUGGAAGAUUAAAGUUUCACUCUGAUGUUUUUGUUUCAUAAUUCAUUUUAUCUGUUGAUUUAUUUUAAUACUUAAAUGGUUUUCAGUUUUAAAUGUUGGAAUUUAAAGUUUAUUGAUCUCUGAGAUUUAUUAUUAUUAUCCUACUGGAAACAUUUUACCGUUUAUUGUAAUAAUUUCUGGGAGGAUUUUUGUCCAUUUUUAUGUUUUUUUUUCAAUAAUUCUGAUUUUCAAACUGGCAGAAAGUUUUCACACCCUGCUGAACCAAAACUGAUCAAUAAUCAAUAGUGAGUCAGACUGAUGGCUCUCUGGAAGGUUCUGGUUCGGCUGGUCCAGAACCAGAACCUGCUUGGUGGUGGCGGUGUGAUGCUGUGGGUUCAGGUUGUGGUUCUGCUGGGCCCGGUUCCCUGGUUCUGCUGGGCGUCACGCUGCGGCUGCAGGAUUUGCAUGCAGCUCAUUUGUUUACCGCUGUUUACCGGAUUCAAAUGGACCUGUCGGCGCUGGCAGCAGAGCGGUUCUGGAUAGAAUCGGACCUGGCCGCUCAGCUUUCCUCCUCUCGGAUUCAGGAUCGUUUUCAGAAGAUUCUCGUCUCGUCUCCGGAUCUGACCCGGAAUGGUUCCAGGAUCCGGUUCUUCACCUGCUCUGAUCCCAGUUUGAUUCAGAACCACUGGAGGUUCUGGUUCUGGAGGUCCGGUUUGCUGAGCGGGGAUGGAGAGCGUGAAGGACGACGGCGUGUUCCUCCACACCUUCAGGACGGUUCCGAGCCCCAGGCCCAGCAGAGCCGACAAUGUGGGGGCGGAGCCUGCCGGGCCGGCAGAACCGGACCAGGAGAACCGGGCCGGUCUAACGGGCCUGGCCGACAUCGAGUUCCGCAUUCAGCAGCUGCACAGCCGCCGGUUCCUGCUGCUGAAGAUGCAGCGCUGCACCAAGAAGGACGAGCAGAACAGAACCGGAACCGCAGAGGAACUGAUCAGUGAGGAUGAAGAUGAGGAUGACGAGCUGCGGGCCGUGCAGACGGAGCUGGAGGAGCUGCAGGCCAGGAAGGAGGAGCUGCAGCGAAGCGGCGUCACCUUCACGGCCGGCGCCCAAGGAGAUCGCACAGCGCAGCGGCCGUCCUACAAGGAGACGCCGCGCGGAGGAAUCUACAUGCUGCCGCCGCCGCCGGGCGGGGGGGCGGCCGCUGCUGCAGACAGAGCGAGUGACGACGCCCUGCCAGCGGAGCGGCUGGGAAGGACAGCCGGACUCACCAGGUGUCCAUCUUGUGGAGAGCUGGUCGUCACGGAAACCCACAGCGCUGUCAGCGAAAGCAUGUGGCUGCUCUGCUUCCUGUGCUCCAUGGUGGGCUGUGUGGCUGGUUGUUGUCUCGUCCCGUUCCACAUGAAGCGUCUCAAGAACGUUCAUCACCUCUGCCCUCAGUGCCGCCACCAGAUCCACACCUACAAGCUGCUCUGACCGGGAACUAUUCACGCCGGGAACUAUCCACACCGGGAACUAUUCACACCGGGAACUAUUCACACCGGGAACUAUCCACACCGGGAACUAUUCACACCGGGAACUAUUCACACCGGGAACUAUUCACACCGGGAACUAUUCACACCGGGAACUAUUCACACCGGGAACUAUUCACACCGGGAACUAUUCACACCGGGAACUAUCCACACCGGGAACUAUUCACACCGGGAACUAUCCACACCGGGAACUAUCCACACCGGGAACUAUCCACACCGGGAACUAUUCACACCGGGAACUAUUCACACCGGGAACUAUCCACACCGGGAACUAUUCACACCGGGAACUAUCCACACCGGGAACUAUCCACACACUAUUCUCCCCCACAUUGAAAAUCUGAAUAGUGUGGUGUGCAUUUGUGUUUUCAUCGUCUUCCACCAUCUUUUUGCUGCAGUUCUUUGGAAAACAGCCGACUCUCAGUCAGAUGGGAUAAAAUCAGCUCCCCGCAGCAUCAUGCAGCCGCUGCCGUGCUUCAGACUGGGAGACAAAUCCGAACACAAACUGCUUCCGUUUGGUUUCACUUUUCAGGAAGCGCUCUACUCUGUGGUGGACAAACGCUGCAGGCUGUGAUGUGGCUAAACGGGGCGAAUAGAGGCUCUGUGUUCGCUGGACCCGGAUUGGACCGGGUCCAGCUGUUUAUUUCCUCUGACAGUUUGAGCUUCUGUUUGGACAUCUGGAGGAAACGAUCGGCCGUCAUAUCUCAUCAUUUCAUCUAACAGGCAAAUGCAGCAGUGGGACGUUGACAUUACGCAACAUUUACUGCAGUUUUACUCAGUUUGCUGCCUGUUGGUGCCGAAGGCUUGACUCACUGAUUAAACACCAGCAGCUUCAUUUACUGAGGAUCAGAGCCGCUGGUGGUGAUGCAGGUCACCGCCUGGAUUAAUGUCAUGUUCCAGAGUUCAUGUGGGAAAAAGCUUUUAAUUUAUGUAAAAAUCCCCUCAAAUCCUGAGCAGCUCUCGCUGUGACACACUGAGUGUGUGUGUGUGUGUGUGUGUGUUUAAUGAGCGCAGCAGAAAUGCAAAGCAGGAUCAGAGGAAACAGAAACUUUCUGCUUUCAGAAACAGCUGCAGGAAACAUCAAGCUGCGAUCAGACGGCAGAGUUCAGCUGCUCUGAACGUUUUCUGGUCAUAAAGUUUCAAAAAUUAUCUUAAUUAAUUUGGGUCAUUUAGAAAAAAUAAGAGAAAAAAACAAGUUUAUUAUUCAAGGCUAUAUUUUCACCAAGUUAUUUGUUCCUUUAUUAAGGUCAGUUGCUAAAGAUUUGGUUACUAUUUGGUGGCAAAUUUAGUUUGAAGCUAAAUUAAUGUAGUUUACCAACAAAAUAUUUAGCUUCAAACUAAACAUUUCAUUUGAAACUAAUUAUUUUGCUUAGAGAUAAAUACUUAGCUCCAAAUUAAAUAUUUGUUAGCAAGCGAAAUAUUUAGCUAAUUUGCAAAUUCACUUACCAAUAAUACCAUUAAUAAAACUACCAAAAAUAAAAGUUGGGUUUUACAAAUCUCUUCAUGUUACCGUUUUAUUAAAGUCUAUUUGACCUAAAACAAAGUUUGAAUCGUUUUAAAGCAAAUAUAGACGUUUAUUAAGAUGAAUGCUUUAUUCAGUCCGCUCAUCGCAAAGAAUUUGUUUUAGCUAAUUAGCUACAUCAGAAACUAUGAAUAAUUAACCGUUAUUAUUUCAUUACAGACUGAAUGACCCAAAUUAUUGGUGUUAAGUUUUGAAUGUGUAUUGAUUAAAAAAAAAAAAAAAGGACCAGACGGGAAAAGAACCGAACCUUGGGACCGGAUCUGACUGACUGGGUGGAAACUGGGAAUCAGAACGUUGCAGUGGUUUCAGGGCCAGCAGCACUCGGUCAGAUUUAAAUGUUGUGGUCAGACAUUAGAAAAGCUGUGGAGUCAAAUGAAGCUAAACUCUGUAGAGAAGAGCGGCUCGCCUUUCCUCCACAUCAGUCUGAGGUUUUACUCGCCUGCAGAUCAGGCUGAGUUUCUGUUUCACCGCAGAGUCACUUCUCUUUCAGACAUUAAACCGCAGAUAUGAAAUAUUCUGAAAUAUAGAGACGAUGAGUAAACAGGACCCGAGUCAAACAGCCCAGGGCCUCCACACCACCAGGGGCCCCAAGCUAGCAUGAUUAAUCAUUAAUUAUUCAGAUACAUUUAUGACAUACAUUAAUUUCAUUCAUACAUACUCCAGCCGUCUUCCCACAGAAUGAUGCUGCCACCACCAAGUCAAACUAACCUGCUUCCAUUAUUUCUGAUUUAUUCCAAAACAUUUAUGUUAAAUUAUGUAUAAAUAACUUGUUUCUUUAUGCAGUGAUAUUUGUGUUUCUAAUCUUUACUGGUUGGAUGACGACAUAGUGGUGCCGAACAGAACCAGUCGGGUCCAUUUCUCCCAGUCAAAAACACCAGGAUGAGUUGGACAAAGGGAAACUGGGUUUAUACUGGUCAGACUGGUUAAACUGGGAGCAUCAUGGCCUGAGCUCUAAACUCCACCAUGUUUGUGGAGCUGAUUUCUGUUUUCCAUGUUGGGAAACUUUCGUUACCAAAACGGCUUUUUACUUUCACCUCGAACCGAAACGGAUAAACUUCAACCUGGGAUCAGAAGCAAACACUCACAGUAAACUCACUUUUAUUAACACAUAAGAGCAUACUGUACUCAUUUAUACACAUCUCUCAGCGUAUUUACAAAAUAACGAGCCCAUGGAUGGUACACAUGUAUAAAAAUAUGCAUUACAUCUAUAGAAAUAUGUACACAAUGUGCAAAACAUAUGGCAUUCCAACAGGAGGCGUGGCAUGGGCACUGGAGGUCAAGAUGGCCGACAUCAGCUGAUCCGCUCAGAUAUGAAACCGCAUUUCUGCCUCAGAAGAAGACGGCAGGAAGUGGCGGAGCAGCUGUUAUUGAUUGAGUCGUCCUCGCCUGCUGCGGAUCGCCUGGUCCGCAGGAAGUCAACCGGGUGUCCAAACUUAUGGCGCGGGGGCCAAAAAUGUCUCCAGGUGUCACAAACAUUUUAGUGUUUUUGCAAAAACUUUCAUGUUUUUAUUUUUGCCAGAAUCUAAACGUGACAGCCGUCACAUUUCAAGCAAGUGAUAAAUUACUGUAGAUUUAAAACAAAGUUUUUGCAGGUCUGCCAGAUUUAAAAAGAAAUAAAAUUUAAAAAAUUGUAUUAAAUUUUUUUCAGGUUGAUCAUGUUUUUCUACAUCGUUUGUCUCUUUAUGGCUCACUUUUGCUUUAUUUUGAAAAGUCUACAGUUUAGUGAAAGUGAUUGUACAAAUUAAAUUUAAAGCAAAAACUUGUGUUGCAGUUUUUCCAUUUUAAUAUCUUAUAUUAUCCAUGUGUUUGUGAAACUUUAUUUUAAAUCUGUUUGAAAUCUGGACUACUGACCGCUGAUUAAAGGUUCCAAGGGCCACAAGUGGCCCCCGAGCCGCACUUUGGACACCCUGAAGUAAACAGCAGAAAGAUUAACAGGAAGUCCUCAGAGUCAUCCAACCAAUCAGAGGAGAGAAAGAACUAAACAGCUGCUCGAUGAGUUUGGAAUAAAUCCACAGCAAGGUGAUGAAGAGGAGGAAACCAACCAA